CUGAAUCACUACAUUAUUCUGCACUCGACCGUGACAGUGCGCGCGCGCUUUGUUUUAAACUACGUUCGCUCUAUCACAUGAACAUUGAUAACAUAUUACAUCACGGUGAUAAGAAUCUUCAAGGAAACCUAGCAAUCGAAUAUUCCAUUAAAAUUUCGAUAUGCAUAGAUAUUGAAGUGUUGUGGAAGUGAACUGUGUGAUAAUUGGAUGUUGUACGCGCAAUGGGUACGAAGACUUCAUUGAAGAUCACCGUGGUUGGAGACGGGAUGGUGGGCAAGACUUGCUUGCUCUACGUGUAUACAAAGAACGAGUUCCCGGAGGAAUAUGUACCAACAGUAUUCGAUAACUACAUCGGUUAUAUGACAGUGGAUGGAGUGGAAGUAGAAAUGGCCCUUUGGGACACCGCAGGACAAGAGGACUAUGAACGAUUAAGGCCACUUUCAUAUAAUCAUACGAGCUGUUUCCUAGUAUGUUACUCGGUUAGCAGUCGGCCCUCAUACGAAAACGUUGUGCACAAAUGGUAUCCGGAAUUGAAGCACUUCGGCGAUUCGGUUCCCAUUGUAUUAGUAGCCACAAAGAUUGACUUACGAGGAACAGACAAGGCGUUAAUAACAACACAAGAAGGAAAAAAAUUGAAAAGAAAAAUUAGGGCGGUGCAACUGGUGGAAUGUUCUGCGUUGGAGCGCGUCAACAUAGACCUCGUGUUCGAGGAGGCGGUGCGGGCGGCGCUGAAGAAGAAACCGGUCAAUAAGCGCAGCUGUGUCUACCUAUAACAGAGUAUUAUUUUAUUUAAGCCAAAAUCCAGAGAACAAGGAAUAAGAGUUAUCCUUAAAACUAUCUCAUCUUUUGUAUGUAACUUCAUAGUUACAGUGUUUGACAGUAUUUCAGCUAGAUAUUUUUUUGGUCUCCUCGUAUGUAACACCAUGUUUCCUGAAGAAAUAGACUGGUUUGAACAAGAUCUCGAGUCAAGCUUCACUGCCAUUUAGUGCUCAUUUAAAAUGUUAUUGUCACUUGGAGAGAGUGAAAAUGAGAGUGGAAUAGUCUAGGUCUGUAGACCGAAUUAAAUGUUGAUGCCUACUUUUUUGAUUGGAUUAACACACAAGUUAAAAGCAAGUCCGAAUCUACUAUGCUUUCGAAUAUAUAUAAACUGAAAAAAAUAAGAUAUUUUUAAAUAUACUUAUUUAGUCCUGUUGCACUACCUAAACAAAGGUUCCAUUUUUUAUUAUAAUUUCGCUAACUUAAAUAACUGGAAGUAGGUAUCCUUUUCAAACCGCUUCCUAAAUAAAAAUCAGAGUAUAAGACUAAGAUAAGAAAUGAAAGAGAUUUUUCAGAUUAUUAUUAUAUUGUGAAUAAAUACGUAUUUAUAUACCUAGACAUUUUUAUGUUGUGUCGUAUUGUAUCAGAUUCAGUAUCGAUAAAUGCUCAUACCCUAAGGAUUCAAAUUACGUCCUGAAUUAACUGUAAACGUCAUCUAUUAGCAUAUUAUUUUCGAAUACCUUAUGGGAACAAUAUUAAGCAUAUGACGUUAGCUACCUGUGUUUUGCAUUGAAUGCCAAGUCAAUCUAUUCGUAUCUAAUUAUAUCGAUUACUUGAUGUGAACAGGAAAUAAAGGUAAACGUGUUAUUUUGAAGAUUACAUUUUUAUAGUUUGGUCAUUAUAAACUUCACAUAAGACAGACUUUUUUGUGCAUUUAUAAGGUGGUUAUUAAAGUAGUAGGGAUUGUAUGAAGAGAGAAGCAUUUGAAUAAUAGAGCAUUGUGUAUUAUCGUGUACCUACAUUUGUUGUGUUGUGAUUGAAUAAAGUCUGAUCACACGGAGUCAGAAGUUGCUCUGAGCUUCGACAGACACCAAGGGGACUAAUUUUAAACAAUGCAAGUAGAACUAUAUUGUAAAUAUAAACUCAAUAUGACGAUUCAACUUUGACCUUCAUCUUAUAACGGCCUGGGUAAAGAUGCAAAUGCAGGCCGUUAUUAAUUAUAUAAUUAUAUAAUAAUUAAUAAUGUAGACUCCGGAUUAAAAUGUAUUUUAUUAGCAAUACUCUAGAAAACAAGUAAAAUAUAAGUACCUAUAAAUAAAGUAAUUUAAAUUGUUACCAAA